AUGUUCACGGAAGGCCCUUGCCCUUCUGCAAACAACUUGUACCACUCUACCUGUGUGGAGACAGCAUUUAAGUCCCUGAAGCCCAAGAAAGCUGCAACACAACAAGCAUGGACUCACUACAACCACCACAGAAGUCCAACAAGGAAGACCAUUUCACUCAGCCCAUCUCACUCCACUCUGGCUCUGGUUGAAGAGGAGCCGGAGGAGGUGGACCCAUGGGACCUGCCAGAGCUGAAGGACACUGGAAUCCCGUGGUCAGCUCUGGAUACAAAAGGGAAGGUGCUACGAGUGCUUGUGUCAGUGGGGAAGGCGAUCCUGCUGCUGGGUUUCCUCUACAUAUUCAUCUGCUCUCUCGACAUUCUCAGCUCAGCUUUCCAGCUUGUUGGAGGUAAAGCAGCAGGUGACAUCUUUCAGGACAACGCUGUUCUGUCCAACCCUCUUGCUGGCCUGGUCAUCGGUGUUCUGGUCACCCUGCUGGUCCAGAGCUCGUCCACCUCCUCUUCCAUAGUUGUCAGCAUGGUUUCUUCUGGAUUGCUUUCGGUCCAGCUGGCUGUUCCUAUCAUUAUGGGCACCAACAUUGGCACCUCUGUCACUAACACACUGGUUGCCAUGACGCAGGCUGGUGAACGUAGCACCUUUCGCAGGGCUUUUGCAGGGGCCACAGUGCAUGACUUCUUUAACUGGCUCUCUGUCUUGGUGCUGCUGCCCCUGGAGGUUGCUUCCGGUUAUUUGUACAGGGUCACCAAGUUAAUCAUCGACUCCUUCCAAAUCCAGAGUGGAGAGGCCCCGGAUCUGUUAAAUGUGAUCACUGACCCCCUGACAGACUCAAUUAUACAGUUGGACAAGGAUGUCAUCAGUCAGAUCGCCACAGGGGACGCAGCAGCCAGGAAUAAGAGUCUUAUCAAGAAAUGGUGUCAAACCUACACCAACACAACCUUAAUGAACGUAACAGUUCCUGGUCCAGAGAACUGCACAUCUCCGUCGCUCUGCUGGGAUGAUGGAAACUACACUUACACACUGAAGAAUGAGUCAGAAACAUUCAAUGUCGCUCUCUGUAAACAUGCCUUUGUUCAUGUGAAGCUGCCUGACCUGGCAGUGGGUCUGAUCCUGCUGGCUCUUUCUUUGUUGGUGCUCUGCUCCUGUCUCAUCCUGAUCGUGAAGCUGCUUAACUCCAUGCUGAAGGGGCAGGUGGCUGCAGUCAUCAAGAAGAUCAUCAACACCGAUUUCCCAUUUCCAUUUGGAUGGAUCACAGGAUACAUCGCCAUCUUAGUCGGGGCUGGAAUGACCUUCAUUGUGCAGAGCAGCUCAGUUUUCACCUCUGCUAUAACUCCACUUGUUGGUAUUGGUGUCAUCAGCAUAGAGAGAGCAUACCCAUUGUCUUUGGGCUCAAACAUUGGCACGACCACCACAGCAAUCCUGGCAGCAAUGGCUAGUCCUGGAGAGACACUGGCUAAUAGUCUACAGAUUGCUCUUGUGCACUUCUUGUUCAACAUUUCCGGCAUCAUUCUGUGGUAUCCAAUCCCCUUCACUCGCAUCCCCAUCCGGCUGGCUAAAGGCCUGGGCAACAUCACAGCCUCCUACCGCUGGUUUGCUGCAGUCUACAUCAUCUGCUGCUUUUUCAUUUUACCGCUCUUUGUCUUCAGCCUGUCGCUGGCUGGUUGGCCGGUGUUGGUGGGCGUGGGUGUUCCUCUCCUUGUUUUGCUGAUCGUCAUCAUAGUGAUCAACGUUCUGCAGAAAAAGAUGCCCAGUUCUCUGCCUGAAGUGCUGCGAUCCUGGGAUUUCCUUCCACUCUGGGCCCACUCCCUGGCUCCAUGGGACAAAGUAGUUAGUGUGUUCACAGCCAAAUGCUGCUGCUGCUGUAAAUGCUGCCAGAUCGCUUCUGAGGACCAAGACAGCACAGAGAAAAAAUCAACAGCAAACAAGAAACCAUGCAAAGAGGUGUAUGAUAAUCCUGCAAUGAUUACAGAUAAGGAGGUAGAGAGUGAGAUUAAGAUUGAGCUGCAGACUCAGCUGUAA